GGGGUCUGGCGGCGCUCGGUCCCCGCAGCCGGGCUCGGGGCGGCACCGCGGGGCGGGCGGGAAGUGUGUGUUACCAGCACGGCCUCCGCUGAGUGUUUGCGAACGGCGGCGGUCACCUGCAGAGCCAGCCUCUCCUCGCGUCUGCUCCAUGGCGGGGGGGCGCAAGGAGGGUCCGGAGGCAGCGGCGUAGCCUGGCCCCUGCCUUUGGUGGCGGCUGGGCCUUGGUACGUCCUCUGGGUUCUUAGGGUAACUCCACUGGUGUCCCAGCUCUCUGCGGCUUCCUACCCUCUUCAGCUUCGUGUGGUAGCUUGUGUGAAGGCAGGUGGGAGCCUGUGGUUCACCAAAUACAUAAGAAAACACCAGGUGCUUGGUACCAACUUAUCCAACACUUGAACAAAUGAACACCCUUUCUCUGCUGAUCCUGUUUGCUCUCCAGAUGGAUUGUAGGUAGGAGCUAGUCAUAACCUAUUUGGAAGCUUCAGUCCCACUUUCCCAGGUGAUGUGUGGAGUUUGCUAGCCAGUUGCAGAAACAGCAUAUUUCCCUGCGUAGGUUUUUCACAGGUUUGAAAAGCUGUAGAUCCUUGCUGAGAGCCCAGGAGGGUAGGAGGGUUAAAUAACAGCACCAAGAAAAUAUGUGCAUUCUUGUUCAGUCGUUUACAGGCUUCAAGCAAACAGGUUGCUACUGGGAAGGUUCAGACUGCAUGCCAGAUUUUUGUUUUUCACUGUUUAAACUAUUAGAGAUUGGAAUAAACUACCAAGGGAGGUGGUGGAUUCCCCUAUGUUGGGCAGUUUCAAGGCCUAGCUUGACAAGGUGCUAGGCUGUAUGAUUUAAACUAUAUCCUUAGCCUGAAAGGUUAGGCUAGAUGAUCCUUGAGAUCCCUUCCAACCUGGUGUUCUAUGAAUCUGUGAAACUAGGACUUUGUUACAAUGGCAAAAUUCACCAUUUUUCUGACUCCUGCCAGGUCACUGUAAAACAGUUUUCUUUUGACUGAGGCCCCACAGGCUCCAUUUUCUUUUGCUGUCCGUUCCCAUUCCGCACCCUUGUAUGUCAUCUCCCCCUGUUUUCAGCUGAACCACAAAAGGACAGGAGUUGGUGAAGAUUUCUACCAGUUGGUUUGUUCUCUGCUGUAAGUAGUUUGGAAUCUUGUUGCAAGAGUUCCCUCUGGUGGACAGGGAUGAGGAGAUGAGUAACACUUCUCUGCUGCCAGGCGCUUCUUUUACUGCUUUUAUGCUGGAAUCGUUGUUUUAUUCAGGCAUUAUCUGGCCUUUACUUAAGAGCUUCUCCAGAUAAUGACCGGCAACCUUUUCCAAAUUCCUUUUUGCUCCCGUAUUUAACCCCUGCACCCCUCAUUAGUUCACUACCCUUCCUUGCUCGGUCCUUUCUGCACAAAGGCUACAUACAACAAAGGUGGAGCCCUUCAGCCCAAACCUGCAUUCCUGCACUGCGCUUUCAAAGUCAAAGCAGUUGCAGCCUAAGAUCAGUUGGACACAAAAGCAGCUCUUGACCACAGUCUCAGAAGAAUAAAACUAAAUCAGCUUGUAACUCUGCAGAAUUUGCUGUUCAUAACAAAAUUCUGAAGGAAGUUGUAAAAUAUCAGGAGUAUAUUCCACUCACAUACUUGGCAGCAAAAGCCCUACUGGCACCUAGGCUUGGUUUUCCUGUCCUGGUUUUCCUGUCCCCACAAGCUGGCAUAGAGAUGACUUUUUCCUUAGGCGCUCUAAAAUGUUGGCAGCUGAUCUAAAGCCCCAGUGAAUCAUUAGAAACUUUCUUACUGAGUUCAGUGAGCGAGUCUUGAAACUGUGCCAAGCAGAGAGUGCUGUGCUGCAGCCAUGUUCUGUCCUAGGUGACAUUCAAGGAUGUUAAAACAAAAUAAGGAAACAUCUGGAUUAACCAAAGGCUUUGCUGGCUCUCCAGUGACAGCAGUGCAGGACAGCCUGUGUCACACAGUCUUGCUCUGAGUGUUCCUCUGAAGGGUUAAGCUUUGUAAAUCUGGCCCAGGUUGCAUAUGUCAAUAGUAUCCUACUUAUGGAAUUAAAGAAGGAAAAGGUGCAUCUUUUGGUUUCUUUUCUCUGUGACCUCAAGUAGUGUUUCUACCACAGAAAUGUGUUUCCUCUUGCAGUAUUUCUGAAUCUGCUCCUCACAGGAGGUGUCUAUGUCCUGUUUACCACUGGUGUUCAUAUGUGUGCGUGGGCUCUAGCAUAACUAUUCACACCUGGCUUGGAAGUAUCACCUGUGUUAGGAGUUCCUGACAGAUGCUAACUGUGUGAUAUCACCACCAAAUAUAGCACUUUUGGUGAAUGCAAGAGCCGUUAGCCAUUGAGUACACAGCUCUGGGCAGAGACUGUUAAAAAUUAAUGAGCUUGGGUAGCAAGGAAGUGGAUUAGUCCUGCUGGAUUGUGUUUAGGGGCAGGAGCCUUUAUGUUGCCAACUGCAAAAUUUCUUCAUGAUAAAGUCAAAAUUUGCUAAUGAAUUUUGCUGGGGAGCAGUGCCAAUUUGUAUGGCAAGGGAUAUAUUGCAGGGGAUGAGCUGCAGGGGUUUGCUUGAAGAAAACAGGCAGAACUGAGUGGAGCAGCUAGAGCAGGAUGGAAGGGUCUUGCAGCUGGGGAAACGUUAGUCAAAUUGGCUGAAUGGGACAGCAAGGGAGAUAAUUCCUGGUGAUGAUGACCGAGUGUGGUUGAUGUGCCAUGGCAGGGCUGAGGAAACUAUGCCAAGGCAGGAGCAAGCCCUCAGCCAGAACUUCUAGUCCACUGUGUGUGAGGGGAUCAAAGCUAAUCGGUGUGAUUAGGGGGGUGAAGUAUUUGUCUCCUGGGAACGCAUCCACCCAGCAUGGUUUGUUUAGGACAAAGGCAGAUGAGGUUUCUCUCAGGAAACAGCCUCAACACCUUGGGUGCGGGAACAGUUCUUGAGAAUAACUGAACCCAAGGACAACAGGACACAGGCUCACUGCAGAGAACCUUAGGCUGAAAAUGAGAUUUAUUGUAUCAGAGCCGUGCAAUUCCGGAGGGAUGUCCCAACGUGUGUGUGCGGGGGGAACGAACAUGAAGGACAUUGUAGGACGCAGAGCUUGCUGUAAGAAGGUCUGGAUCUCACAGCCGCCUACCUCCACCUGUUUCUGUGUGUCUGCGCACAACGUGUGCCUCUCCCCGGUGACGCGGCCCCCGCACUGCCGCGGCGGGCCCGGGGAGCCUGGGGAAGAUGGCGGCGCAGCCUCUCGCUGUCGGUAUCGCUGCGGGGCCGGCGGCGCCGCGCUCUCCCCGCGUCUCUAUGGCCGUGACGUGCGCCUGAGUGUGCUCGCCCCCAUCCGGCUCCCGCUUCGGGUGGCGCUCUAUCCGCGGCGGCGCUCUGCUCUGCGGCGGCACUGUCUCGCUGGCCGGGCGGAGGGCGGGGCUGGCGGAGCCAUGGCGGCUGUGCGGGGCCUGCGGAUCUCGGUGAAGACGGAGGCGACGACGGCGGAGCCUCGCGGCCUGGAGCCUGAGCCUAUGGAAGUGGAAGAGGGCGAGCUGGAGACUAUUCCUGUGAGGCGCUCGCUCCGGGAGCUCAUUCCGGACACUAGUAGGAGAUAUGAAAACAAAGCUGGAAGUUUCAUUACUGGAAUAGAUGUAACCUCCAAGGAAGCAAUUGAGAAGAAGGAACAAAGAGCAAAGCGCUUUCAUUUUCGGGCUGAAGUGAAUCUUGCCCAAAGGAAUGUGGCACUGGACCGGGACAUGAUGAAGAAAGCAAUUCCUAAAGUGAGACUGGACACAAUUUACAUUUGUGGUGUGGAUGAGAUGAGUACACAGGACAUCUUUGCCUAUUUCAAAGAGUAUCCUCCUGCUCAUAUUGAGUGGUUGGAUGACACAUCAUGUAAUGUGGUCUGGCUUGAUGAAGUAACAGCAACACGGGCUCUAAUAAAUAUGAGUUCUUUGCCUGAUCAGGAGAAAACAAAAAGCAGAGAAACCAAUGAAGAGAAGACAGCUGAAAAAAACAAGAAAGAAAAACAGGAGGAAAGUUCUGAUGAUGAGACAGAAGAAGGCGAGGUUGAGGAUGACAAUCCAAGUGAUGUUGAGUUGGAUGCCCUUUCCCAGGUGGAAGAGGAUUCCCUCCUGCGUAACGAUCUUCGCCCUGCCAAUAAACUGGCUAAAGGAAACAAGCUAUUUAUGAGAUUUGCUACUAAAGAUGACAAGAAGGAGCUGGGAGCUGCAAGGCGAAGUCAGUAUUACAUGAAAUAUGGGAAUCCAAACUAUGGAGGCAUGAAGGGAAUUCUUAGCAAUUCUUGGAAACGCAGAUACCAUUCACGUCGAAUCCAUCGGGAUGUGAUCAAGAAAAGGAUACUUAUUGGGGAUGAUGUUGGAUUGACUCCUCCUUACAAGCAUCAUCAUUCAGGCUUAAUAAAUGUUCCCGAGGAGCCUAUUGAGGAGGAAGAAGAGGAGGAAGAAGAUCAGGACAUGGAUGAAGAUGACAGAGUUGUGGUAGAGUACCGUGAUGAACUGCAAGCUUUCAAGCAGUCCCGAGACCGCAGUGCAGCAAGGAGAUCAAGUGCCAGUGCUUCUGACUCUGAUGAAAUGGACUAUGACCUCGAACUGAAAAUGAUAUCAACACCCUCUCCCAAAAAGAGCAUGAAAAUGACAAUGUAUGCAGACGAGGUGGAGUCACAACUGAAAAAUAUUAGGAAUUCCAUGCGAGCAGAUAGCAUAGCAACCAGUAACAUCAAAAAUCGGAUCGGCAGUAAAGGAUCAUCAGAGAAAGUUGCAGAUGUGAGACUGCUGUUAGAAGAAAAACGUCAGAAUAGCACUGGGCCACGUCAGGCAAACAGCACUGUAAAAUCAGAUGUGCGGCAAAGACUGGGAAAAAGACCUCAUUCUCCAGAAAGUAAACCUCCAAGCAGUACCUCUGCUCCUCGCCGAGAACCGGUGUCAGAUGUGCACAGCCGCUUAGGAAUCCCUAAGCAAGAUGUAAAAGGCCUCUACUCCGAUACCAGAGAGAAGAAAUCAGGUAAUUUAUGGACCCGGUUAGGGUCUGCUCCAAAGACACAAGAAAAGACUUCAGAUAAACCUGAAAACUCAGUGGCAUCUCCAGAGGAGGAGGAUUCGGAGCUCCAGCGGGUUUGGGGUGCGCUCAUUAAGGAAAAAGAACAGUCUCGGCAAAAAAAGAGUCGCCUGGAUCAUUUGCCAUCCCUACAGAUCGAAAUCAGCAGAGAGAGCAGUUCUGGCUCAGACACUGAAUCAUGAUUGUUUUGACAUUCUGGUCCUUAAGAUUGUGACUCUGCAGUGUUGUGGCAGGAUUUCCUUCACCCAAAAGCUGGACACUGGCAAAGACUCUGCAGUGAAGGUUCCAGAGAUGUCUCUGCUCCUUUUAUACAAAACCAGAGAUGUGUUACCACUUGAAACCUAAAGCAAUCACCUUUGUCUGGAGUCUGUGGUUGGCCCUGUGUUUACAGUAGGGCAUUGUCAUGUAAGUUUAUUACAGCAAACUUGUAGUUUAUUCUAGCAAAACACUUUUCCCCAAGCUUUGAACUUAAGAGGCAGAAGUGCUUUGUAUUUUUAAGAAGACCCUUUUGUUCUUAAUAUUUCUACCAUGGAGCCUUUUAACACAAUAUUUUACACAGUUCAUCCAAAGAACAGGGCAUUUCAUAAUCAACAGCAUUGCCUUGCCCUUCUGGCUUUUACCAGCACCUUUCUUUUCCUCUUGAAGUAAUAACAGUAAUGCUUCCUGGGUAGGCAGCCAGCAAGGAUAAAGCAUGAUGGGACUGUCAUGUUUCCUUCCUCCAAAAUACUGAAUGUAAACCUAAAGUUAAAUGUUUUAGUACAGUGAAAUUUCACUAUGUAUCCAAGUAGCAUCACUGUCCUGAAGGAAUUCUGCUCAUUUAUUUCGGUGAUACUUUGUUCUGCUGUAGUAGGGAUGGAGAUGUUCAAGACUGCAAAGUUGGAUGUUUGAGCAUUGUGGAAAUUCCCAAGGGUUUAAUUUCUUUUUUUGUUUUUUUUGGUUACACAAGGAGAAAUUCUAUUUCUUUCCCUUCAUCUGUGUUAUGUUUUAAAGAAAUCUAACUGUUUGAAAACAUGGGUUUAUAUUUGUGGGAGCUUUCUUGUUAACCAGGGUGAAAGCUAUAGUGGUGUUUUCCUAUGUGCUGUUAAACUAUAUAUAUAUAAAUCUGAAAGAGAAAAGAAAACUAUAAGAUCAGUGUCUCAUAUCAGUAUUUUUGACUGUUCCUACUGUAUAGUACAUGUGGAUGUGGACAUGGUUGACUUGUUACAUUCAGCCUUUUUACUCACAUACCCUCUCUAGGGUAGGAAAAAGGGUUUUGAUCAGCAUGCGACUGCAGGUUCUUUUUCUUGUUGCCUCUGACAUUCAUUUCUGUUGCAAAUAAUUCUAAAUAAGGAAUAAUAAUGCCAGCACAUCACAUCCUGCCAGACACAACGGGCAACAAAACACUGUCUGCUACACUUUGACAGUCUGAAAGUUUGUGUUAUCCUUGUUUGUGUUGUCCCUGUUUCUGAGGUCCAAAAUGUCUGUGAAUGUUUCUUCUUCUUUCUGCUUUCUAACAAACAUUUUCUCUUUUUUGCCCCCUUUUUAUACUAAGUUGAAGUAGAUUUGAGACUUCACAAUAGCAAAGAAUCUGCAUUUGACUUUUCCUACUGCUUUGUUAUGUGUAAGAAUAGCAGCAUGUAAAAUUAAAGGUAAAGUGAAAGGUACAGUGACUAGAAGGGUAAUCUAGGGACUGAGUGGGCUUCAAACCUUAUUACUUUCUGGUUUUGUGGCAUUCAUCCUCGAUUUUAUAUUUAAUUAUUGAAUAUAUAUGUCUCAUAAAAGUACUCCUGAGAGUAAAUUGUCUGAUCACUGUAAUAACUCAUUUUAAUGUAUGCUUUCACCCCUUCCAGACCUAUUGAAUAGAAUCAUGCCCAUACCCUACCCAUUUCUCAAGAUCCUGACAGAAUUUCUUUAACCACUGUCUUUUUGCCAGUAAAUCUUUUGUGUUGUAUUACUGCUUUGGAUCCAUUAUGGCCUUUCCUUUCCCUGAAGGGAGGUGGUAGAUGAGAAUCGUGCACCUGGUCUUUGAAGACAGGCUUCUGGAUUGUUGUGAAGCUCAGCCACUGGUUGUGGUCUACUGUUAAUGUCGCUGAUAACUUCUGUGGUUCCAUGUAAAUACUCAUUUGAGCCUGGUGAGGGACAGACUAAUUGGUAUGAAGGGCAGAAUUAGAGAAUUUUUACAACUGAUACAAAAGAUCUGAACCCAUGAAUGCAUGAAAGAAAGUGAAGUUGGCAAAGGCUUUCAUUUGAGGAAGAGGAGCCAUUCAGACUGGUUUUGUCUUCCAGAUAUUGAUUAAUAAGCCUUACAAAUGUCUCCAUAUUAGUUGGGACUGUCACGUUAGUGGUUUGGGGGAGGGUUAUGUGUGUUUAUGAGACAACAACUUACCUUGGAGAAAAAUAGGUUACUGCUGAAGCAACCUGUAGAUAGAGAUUUUUGGGGUUUUCUCAUUGCCUGUUUGCCUGGUUUUGCUUUUUGAUUGUGUGCAGAGAAGCCUUGAAAAGUGUUUACAGUGUCAGGAAUGUUAGCUUCGGGCUGCCUUAGUUACCUGAACAGGAUCUGGGGCUUGAUAAUUAAAAAUAAGCACUGAAUUUUUAGUGGAUGCUUUUUCCUCGGCAUGCUGACCUUAACAUCAGUUGGGUCUAAAGGGAGAUUGCAUAGAGAAUUUUAAGCCCCCUUCUCUCUGUGGUCUGCUGUUUGGCUCUUAGCUAAGGCACUCUUGAUCUCUCACUGAACUGAUGCAGAAAUUAAUGUUCUGGUACUGAGAAAUGCAACUAAAAUGAGCUUAAUUGAGGGUGAGAGGGUGAGAAGUUAGGCUUUGGCUUCUGCUGGAGGAUCUAUGCUUCAGAGCAAAGAAUGGUUCUCUAUUUUAAUUGAUCUGUUUCAGGACCACAGUAGGCCGCCUGGGGAUUUUUUUUGCCCCUGAUCUAAAGAAAGGAUGGAUUUGUUUUUGUUAAGUGUUUCAGGUGGUUGUUACAUUGUGCAAAAGAAACCAUCCUGGAGGUUACAGCUGUCCUCAGGCAGACCCUGAACGUGUGACCGUGAUGGCUAUAAUGUGAAAGUAACGAAACUUUUAUUUUGACGAUUCUUCUGUUCCAAAUAAAAGUGGUCUGAAAUCACCCCCACC